UCAGUUUUUUCGAGGGUAGGCUAGCUAGUCCGCCGCUGCCGCCUCGUGGUCUCUACCGCGAUGGCGGCCACUCAGCAGCUUCGGCCGCUGACGUUUUACGGUCGUGUUCCUAAGGGCACGACCAACGUUGACAUCUGCAAGGAGCUCGUGAAGCGGUUCUCGCCAAGCGAGCUCAAGUGUGUUCAAGACUUUGGCGCCGGCAGAUUUGAAGUUACCUUUGCGACCAUGGCGGCAGUUGAGCGAUUUCUCGACCAGUCUGUCGUCAAGGUUCGCAAUGCGGAAGUUAAGUUCGAGUACCGUGGCGUUCGUGUGAAGACUGUGCGCGUGUUGGGCUAUCCAGCCGAUGCCAGUGACAGCGCGCUCCUUAACGGGUUAGCGGCGUACGGCAAGGUGCUUGGUAUGGACUACGAGCACGUUCCGGAAUUUAAGACUGUCCUCACGGGCAACCGACGCGUACGUGUCGAGAUGGCGCGACCCGUUCCCAACCUUCUUCCGGUGGGGAGCAGGAUCGUGCAGUGCGAGUACGAUGGUGUGGUUCGCCUGUGUCGCAGGUGCUUUUUUCCGGGGCACCACGCGGCUGACUGCAAGGUCCCACAGUGCGAGCGUUGCGCUGAGUUCGGGCAUGCCCGUUGCGAAGCGGUAUGCAAGCGCUGUGGCGACGACCAUGCUUUGUCUGCCUGCAAGGUGACGAGCGGUGCAGCUGAAGGCCAGGAGGCACCUUCGAAGGGUCCCGAGGGCUCCCCCCUGCCAGAGACGGAGCCAGUUCGUGCAGAGGCUCCCGGAGGGGGCGAGCAGGGUACGAGGCCGGAGUUAGCCGAGGCUUCCGACCCUUCCGCCGCCUUGCCGCCGCCGGCCGCUUCCACGGACGUGCCUGCGGCGCCUGCCGACGUGCCUGCAGUUCCUGCUGACGCGCCUGCAGCCGAGGAGGACCAGGGGGAGACCAUGGAUGCGGAGCCGUGGAGGCUGGUUCGAGGAAAGAGGCGCCGGGCGCGGUCCAGCGACUCUUCUGACGAGCGGCCGGCGGCGGCUGCGUGCGGCGGACCCGGUGGCUCGGAGGAGGGCCUGCCUGGCGUGAAGCGCACCGCAGCGGCGGAUUCGGACUCGGAGUCAACGCAGUCCACCGUCAAGGACAGUACCGAGGGUGAGACGAGCCUCUUCUCUUCUUCUUGCCCCUACUGCGGUCUAGGCACUUGCGAUGGUGAUUGUUCACCCUUGUCUGACCGAGUGUACUCGUCCACACACGAGGACUCCUCCUCUGACGAGGAGAGUUCUCAGUAG